AUGGAGACAGUUGCUUCGGUAAAACGCCUUCUUCAAAGUUUCAACAGUAUUCUUUGGUCUCGCCUUGGUUUCAGGCCAGUUUCGUUCUUCGAAGAGCUGAACACACCUGGCACACCAGACAUGUUUGGCCCUAUCGUCAACUCUGAGGAUGUCCGCGUCGAAGGCCAGAAGCACAUUGGACUUCAUGCUGACCACUGGAACACCUGGAACUUCUCCGACCCUCUGAGCUCUACGUAUAAAGCCAUGUCAACGGUAUUACAGAGCUUUUAUCACAGUCUGCAGGUCAUCAAAUCCAACAACUCAUUCCAUUACAUGGACCCCGUCAUCACUGGACUCCUUCAAUCUCUCCAUGUCAAUAACACUGAGCGCCUAUCAGUCGCAAUGAAAGGGACUUGUUCCUGGAUCUUUGACCACCAUGCUUUUAAAUCCUGGAUUGAUCAGCCUUCGGGUCUUUUAUGGCUUCAAGGCAAGCCGGGAAGCGGCAAGUCAACGCUCUUGAGAUAUAUAUAUCAGAGUGUGAAGUUCCGACAACCGACAUCCCUCCUCUUUUUCCAAUUCAGCUACUCCAGUCACAAUUCUCUGAACGCCAUGCUUCGGUCCUUAAUAUUCCAACUGCUCGUCACGAGUCCCAGCUACCAACUCAAUGGGAUCCGGGAUACCUACGCUAUACGAACGGAAAUGCAUGGCGACUAUGGUACCGACUGGCAUUGGAGUGAUCCUGAGUUGGCCUCAUAUUUGCAGAAAUCAUUCCUACAAGCUACCCAAGACAACUCACAUUUUGUCGUAUUUCUUGAUGCUUUGGACGAGGCUACCGAGGAGCUGUCCGUCAUCUCAGUCAUUCUCGACAUCCUGACCAUUCCAUCUAUCCGGAUAUGUACUUCAUCACGUUCAAGCCCCGAGUUCCCCGACAUCGACGCGCAUACAAUAGUCCUAGAGGAUGUCAACACCGCCGAUAUCACAUACUACGCUGAGUCAAUAGUAUCAUCAGCUAAGGGCAAGGACUCCAAUAUCCAGAGAGAUCUGGUACAGAACUUGAUAGCGGCGUCGGACGGCAUAUUCUUAUAUGUUCACCUAGUUCUUUCUAAUCUCGAAAUAUGGAUGGAUAAGUCGGGGCCCCAAAAGCAAGAUCGGCUUGGCCACACGGACUUUCCCGAGCGCCUUGAGGAUCUGUAUUCGUUGAUCAUCAGCCACAUCAAAUCCAACGAGCGGAGUAAAGAUAUAGUUCGACAUCUCUUCCAGUGGGUGGCUUUUGCGACGCGUCCCUUGACAGUUCCUGAGCUCAUGAAUGCAAUGUCCUUCGAAAAGGUUGAGGGCUAUGAUCUUUGCCUUCACAGCUACCAAACUUUCCAUGAACCAAUUGACUAUUGUUCAUGCUACACGGCAAUCACGUCUGAUUUUAGAGGCUUAAUUACAGUCCAAACUACCCUUACUGCCCCGAAACAGUCUGUUGUAGGUUUCGUCCACCAAAGUGUUUUCGACUUUCUCAUGGAAUAUGAGUCAAUGGCUUUUCAACCAGACACCUUGGAACUCUGGGGACACGAGGCUCUUGCACGAUCUUGCUGCCAGAUAAUCCUCUCGGAGGUAAGUUCUCGGCAUAAAAGCAACGCAGCCUCGCUUUCUGAUACCCGCCAAAUCUCAUCCUAUGCUCUAGGGAGCUGGAUGUCGCAUCUAAAAAAAGCACUAGAACUGGGGCCGUCUUGCUCAGACCUCCUAUUGGAGCUUUCGCAGAAGCAUUGCCUAGAAGGCUCACUCGUGCUGGAAGAAAGCAGCGCUGCCAGAGACAGAUUCACUCCACGUUCGACACAGAAGUAUUCUAUCGACAUGAUAUGGGAAACAAAAGAGUGGGAAGCUUCAAGUCCUCUACUUUUAAUCUGUGCUGUUGGUCAUGUUGACUCAUGUCAACGAUACAUAUCACUAGGCGGGAGUUACAAUGACCGAGAUAGCUUAUAUGGCAUAUCUUGUCUUGGAUGGGCAGCGGCAAAUGGCCAUGUAGAAAUUGUGAAGCUUCUAAUCGAGCGUGGGGCCCCCGUUGACUACAGUCCAAAUGACACCUCGCCAUUGCAGCUGGCUGUCCAGUGCGGCAAGAGGAAAGUGGUGCAACAGCUUCUCAAGGCCGGGCCAGGUAUGAGUUGUGAGCUCACUACUGCCACUCAAUCUGCUUUGUCUCGGGCAGCAUCUCUUGGUCGGGCGUCGAUGGUCAAUCUACUAGUCUCCUACGGAGCCAACGCUCUGACACCUGACGAGUUUGGUUGGAGCUCUCUUCACCAUGCAAUCGCAGCAGGAAAGCGGGCAACUCUCGCACGACUCCUCUCUACAAUACCCAAGGUAUCUUUUGAAAGGCUUAAAGACCUCCCACCUCGCAACCUUCCAGGCUGGGUACGCCGCGUGCUGUUAGCAUUCGGGCUUGGGCUUUGUUGUCGUGGGUCUGGCAGUUGUUCCUCUUCUACAAACACCGGCCCAAUGGACUCCCGAAAAUCAGGAAAACGAGGCAGCCAGGGCUCAAAGAAACGCGGUCGUGACAUGAUUGAGGAUAUGGAUGAAAGUGAUCAGCAGAGCAUGGCGCCUCCCCCACAGAAGCAACCCCGACACCCUUUUGAAUUACGAUUCGCAUGCCCGUACAACAAAAGAUGCCCAAACCGUUUUGGGGGUGCUUGCUCCAACUUUGGGUUCCCAGAUAUGCACCGUUUGAAAGAACAUCUGUUCAGGCGACAUUUCCUCGGGUGCGACAAGAAGACUCGAUGCGGGAGGUGCAAGGCAAUCCUUCCAGAGACUGAAAUUCAGGAUCACCUUAUUCUAGCAGUAGCCUGUGAGCCUCUGAGAGUUGCUAUGAACUAUGAGGAUGGGUUCGACACUAACCAAAGCGACACAUUGAAAUCUCUCAAGCCCAAGCAGUUCGAGACACCAGUCCACCACUGGGAGAAGACAUUUAAUACAGUAUUUCCUGACUGGACAACUGACUUGCCAAGCCCUUAUCACGAGACAACCGAGACAGAGUGUCGUAUCAGGGUUGCGGCCAGGCUUCGUAGCGAAGAGUUUAGACAGGAGGUCUGGAGAAACCCUAGCAAUAUGGGGAGGGAGGUUUUCGAGCAACUAGCUAACCUUCUCGAUCCCUGGCCAAGAGCAUCAACCAGGCCUGGUAGCCAGACACCAACCAUUCCUGAGGAGCUACGUAUACGGCCAGGUGUAAUACAGGAGCAUAUUUCAACAGAAAUGAACACUUCGGUCGGUGUCGCCUUGCCCAUGGAGCCACAAGAGGGGACUGCUUCUUCAGACGCCCUUGCAUCAGCACCUGUGCUCAACUCAUCAGCUCAAAUCUAUCGUCCAAUUCCACCGCACUUUUUAUUCCCCCAACAUGUUUCCGAUACUCUGUCCCUUUCUUUGUUCAGUGGGACUGGUUCACUUAACAGCUUUGAUCCCGGUCAUGAAUCGAUGUACGGCGACACGGAUGCUAAUGAUGCUUCUAUGAGCUCGUGGGACUGCUCUUUCGCCAACGCCCAGAUGGGACAAACUUCCAACGAUCCUUUAGGGUUCACAUUGAACGCCCCGACUCCAGCUAGCAUUCCUAAUUCCUCAAGAUCAGAGAAUCAGCUGAACCGCAACACGGAUAUAGCCUUUUCAGGCGACACACAGCCAGCAGAAUAUGAAGAUGCCACUAAUACGUUCUGGAUUCCAUCUAGAAGGGCUGAUUGA